AUGCCCUGCACCCCCGCCAUCGCCACUAUGUCCGUCGGCCGGGCCUGGGUACACACCCUCCCCGCAAAACUCACCCAAAUCGCCGCCGCCGGCUUCAAAGGGGUCGAGCUCUUCUACGAGGACCUCGAAUACCUCGCGCGCGAGCACAGCCCCAGCCCCAGCGCCCCGGGCGCCGAAAUCCACGAACCGGCCCUCCUCGCCGCGGCGCAGACCACCAAACAGCUCUGCGACACCCUCGACCUCCAAAUCAUCAGCCUCCAGCCCUUCCUCUUCUACGAAGGGCUCGUCGACCGCGCCGCGCACGCCCAGCGCCUCACCAAGCUGCGCACGUGGUUCCGACUCGCCCGCACCCUGGGCACCGACCUCAUCCAGAUCCCGUCCAACUUCCUCCUCCCGGCCACCGAAACGACCGGCGAUUGGGACGUCAUCGUCGCCGACAUGCGCGAAAUCGCCGAGCUGGGCCGCCAGGAACGCCCCGUGAUCCGCUUCGCGUACGAGAACCUCGCGUGGGGCACUUAUGUGUCCACCUGGGAGACGCUGUGGGAUGUGGUGCAGCGCGUCAACCGCCCGAAUUUCGGGGCUUGUUUGGAUACCUUCAACAUCGCGGGGCGGGUGUGGGCGGAUCCGGCGGCGGUCUCCGGCCGGGUGGCGGGGGAUGCGGAUGGGUUGUUGAGGGAGUCGUUGGCACGGCUGGUGCGGACGGUCGAUGUACGGAAGGUGUUUUAUGUGCAGGUGGUCGAUGCGGAGCGGUUGGCGGCGCCGCUGGGCGAGGGCCAUCCGUUCUAUGUGGAGGGCCAGCCGGCGCGCAUGAGCUGGAGUCGCAAUGCGCGGUUGUUUCUGUAUGAGCACGAGAAGGGCGGGUAUUUGCCGGUGGUGGAGGUGGCCAGGGCGUUUUUGAACGACCUGAAAUUCGAGGGGUGGGUGUCGAUGGAGCUGUUCUCACGGUCCUUGGCCGAGGCGGAUCCUGCGGUGCCGCGCGAGCAUGCGCGGAGGGGGAUGAGGGCGUGGGAGUUGUUGCGGGCAGAGUUAGCGUUGUAGGGUUGUAGGGUUGUUUUGGUGUGGACAGUCAGUGCAGGUUUAGAGUAAUACGUUUCU